GGCCUGCGGCCCCACAGAGCCCCGAGUCGUCGUAGUGGCCGCGGUAAGCGGAGAGGCGGCGGCGGCGACGCGGCGGCGACAUGGCCAUCGUCUCAGAGGAUGACUUUCAUCAAAGCUCCAACUCCACCUACAGAACUUCAAGCAGCUCUCUCCGAGCUGACCAAGAAGCACUGCUUGAAAAGCUGCUGGACCGCCCACCGCCCAGCCUGCAGAGGCCCAAGGACCGCUUCAGUGGUACCUACAUCAUCUUCUUCAGCUUGGGCAUCGGUGGCCUGCUGCCAUGGAACUUCUUUGUCACGGCCCAGGAGUACUGGAUAUUCAAACUCAGCAACUGUUCCAACCCAGCUACAGUGGAGGAGCCUAAGAGCUCGGACAUCCUGAACUACUUUGAGAGCUACCUGGCCAUUGCCUCCACUGUACCCUCCGUGCUGUGCCUCCUGGUGAAUUUCCUGCUUGUCAACAGGGUUCCGAUUCAUGUCCGCGUGCUGGCCUCGCUGACUGUCAUGCUGGCCAUCUUCGUGCUGAUGACCGUUCUGGUGAAGGUGGACACCUCCUCCUGGACUCACAGCUUCUUCGCCGUCACCAUCGUCUGCAUGGCGAUCCUCAGCGGCACCUCCACCAUCUUCAACAGCAGCAUCUUCGGCAUGACUGGUUCCUUCCCCAUGAGGAAUUCCCAGGCGCUGAUAUCAGGAGGAGCCAUGGGGGGCACCCUCAGUGCCGUGGCCUUGCUGGUGGACCUGGCGGGGGCCGGUGACGUGACGGACAGCACCCUGGCCUUCUUCCUGACGGCGGACGUCUUCCUGGUGCUCUGCAUUGGGCUCUACCUGCUGCUGCCGCGGUUGGACUACGCCCGGUACUAUAUGAGGCCUGUCUGGCCGGCUGUGUUUUCUGGUGAAGAGCAGCUGCCCCAGGACUCCCCCAAUCCCCCUUUGGUGGCCCCUGGAUCCAGCGACUCCCAGACACCACCCCUGAGCCCCAUCUUGAAGAAGACUGCUGGCCUGGGCUUCUGCAUCAUCUACCUCUUCUUCAUCACCAGCCUCGUCUUCCCCGCCAUCUCCAGCAACAUCGAGUCCCUCAGCAAGGGCUCGGGCUCGCCGUGGAGCACCAAGUUCUUUGUCCCCCUCACCACCUUCCUCCUGUACAACUUUGCCGACCUGUGUGGCCGGCAGAUCACAGCCUGGAUCCAGGUGCCAGGGCCCAGAAGCAAGGUGCUCCCCGGGCUUGUGCUCCUCCGGACCUGUCUCGUCCCCCUGUUUGUGUUCUGCAACUACCAGCCCCGCGUGCACCUGCAGACGGUGGUCUUCCAGUCUGACGUGUACCCGGUGCUCUUCACCUCUCUGCUGGGGCUCAGCAACGGCUACCUCAGCACCCUGGCUCUCAUCUAUGGGCCCAAGAUCGUGCCCAGGGAGCUGGCCGAGGCCACUGGGGUGGUGAUGUCCUUUUACAUUUGCUUGGGCCUGGUGCUCGGCUCAGCGUGCUCUGCCCUGCUCGUGCACCUCAUCUAGGAGGGGCGGUGGCUAGACCUCGGUGCUGUGCGAUGCCUGGGAGCCUCAGCAAGAUGGGCAGGAAGGGCCAGGAGGGCCCGGGUGGCGAGCAGGAAGGGCUGGAGUUGGGCUCUGCAGAGUGCAGAGCACAGAGCACACCCGGGCCUCGUUGCUGCCAGGGAGCUGGGACCAGUGCUGUCCCCGGGACCAGGCAGACAUUCCAGAUACUUUGACAGAUGUCCUGAGAUGUUUUGAGGACCAAAGACACCUGAAUAAGACACAGUUACAAGUUGCACAGAAAGCUCCUUGCCGAUGGGUACAUUCUGCCUGUUGUUAUUCCCUCUUGGGGAAAGUGUUGCCGGUGUUCGGCUCUUGAGUUGUUACAGGGUGAGUGCCAAGACCGUCGACAGGCCCUUUGCCUUCUCCCAGCCUUGCUCCUUCCAGCUGAUGGCAAGAUGCCAGACUCCUUAGCCCUCCCUACCCAGGGGAGGUCCCCCUGGGAUGGCCAGUCCUCAGGCCAAGGGUCUACCGAGGCCUGUGCAGACCCCCACUUUCCACCAACCAGACUGGGAACCCCGGGAAGACAGGCCUUCCAGGAGCCCUUCCUUCCCUGGACAUGGGCUCCAGAGGGCUUCCCUGCUGUACCCAGGACCAAGCAUGUCAGGCCUGGAUUUCAAACGGGGAUGCUUAAAGUGGUCUAUGGCCUGGGUCAGGGCAGGGUUUAGUGUCCAUGUUUACAAUAUGUCAAGGCCAUUGGUUCAAGGGCCUAAUAAAUACCUGGGUAUUUAAUGAAAGCCUUAUUGGUGGCUGUUUUAGGGUCUUGGCAGGAAACAGCAUACUCAAACUGAGUAAUUUAAGGAUAUUUGAAGAGUGGGCGUAGGAACCCGAAGGGGUUAUGCAUUAUAUCCCAGAAGUAUUGGGCUGGCCAAAAAGUGCUUUCGGGUUUCUCCGUAAGAUGUUGGCCAACCCAAUAGUAAGGCUGUUCUACCCCAGGCCUGAAGGGAGGGAUACGUCCAGCCUGCUGUGACCCACAGGAGGCAUGUUCCCUCCUCCCGUCCAUCUCCUCUGCGCCCCUGUGGACUGAGUCACAGCCAAGGAGCAGGCGGAAGAUGGAGACUGGACUGGAGGGGCAGAGGGUGUCCAGAGGGGGCCAGUAGCCCCUUCACCUUCCUAGGUUGGUUUAUUAUGAGCAUCAGCUGAGCUCUGAAGCUUUGAUCAACAGAAUUAGGUGUUGCUUUGUCCUGAUUUUUUCUGGGUAGUCGUAUAUUUUGAAGCUGUUGUUUCAAAAGGCAACCCUCAGGUUCUGAGGCCUGCACACACUUGUGAUUACCUGACAUGAGUAGUAAUUUAUAUUUUUUCAGGUUCCUUGAAGGUUCCCGCAAGGCUGUUCCUUGGGGGAGCAGGCUGACAUGGGAAUCCGAGAGAGGAAGGAACUAGAUGAGACCAGGAGUUUUCUCAAGAGCUGUGCAGGAAGCACAGAGCUUGCCCCGAGAAGUGGCAAAACCCUGAGAGCUGUGAAUCCACCGGCUCCUGCUCUGAAGCGCACCGGAUCCGAGAUGUCCUGUGGACAGCUGAUUAAACCAGGAAGCAGUCAGGAAUCCACCCAGUGGCAGCAGCUUAUGGUCCCCACCGACUCGGCUGGUACACACUCCCUCUCUUUGGCCAGAGAAUUGAAAAGGACACCCUUGAAAGGUUUUCUGAAACUUGAUACUGGAAAAAAAAAAUUUUUUUUCUUUUAAAAAUAAAUUCUCCCCUUCCCUUGCAGGAAGUUGAAAUC